CACCACUCUAGAAAACCUGAGACGGCAUAUAGCACGCAGUUCUGUGAACACUCGUCCAAAGUUUUUCAACCCUCAAAUCUUCAAUUUGGUGAAUGAGAAAGGAAGGAAUUGAAAGAAAUGUCGGACUAUCUUCCAGAGGAAGUGGUGCUUCAGAUACUGUGCAGACUACCCGUGAAAUCCCUAAUUCGAUUCAGGUGCGUUUCUAAACUAUGGAACUCCCUAAUCACAACCUCUGCCUUCAUCGAUUCCCACCUCACUCAAUCACUUUCACUUCCCUCCAAUUCCAACAAAUUAAUCGUUAGCCGCGGCGAUUUUAGAGCCAUAGAUAUCUACGAAUUCAUUCACGAUGACAAUAAUGUCUCUGACUCCUCGUUUCAUCAGUUUCAGAAUGUUGAGUUCCCACUCUCUCUCAGCUAUUAUAGAUUAAUCGGUUCUGUGAAUGGGUUGUUCUGCCUUUGUGAAAAGGAGCGGAUUAUUCUUUGGAAUCCCUGUAUUAGAAAAUUCAUUACCCUCCCCAAGACCAACAGAGCGGUGAUUAAUGGUUUCGGGUUUGAUGCGCGGACCAAUGAUUAUAAGGUGGUGAGCAUUGCACCCAAACCACGACCUCUGGUUGAGGUUUACUCUCUUAAAGAGGGCGCUUGGAGAAAAACUAGUGCUGGCGAUUCGCUUUCGCCUGGGAUUAUGUUUCAAUGUUGUAAUGGUGCGGCCUUUAUAAACGGGGCUGUCCAUUUUCAGGUGACAGAUCGCAUCAACACCAGGGGAUUAGAAGUUUGUCCGUUUAUUUUGUCAUUUGAUUUUGGUGAUGAGGUUUUUCGCAUGAUAUCAUUGCCAGAGUUUGUACUCAGAGCCCAGCUUCAGUUUGAAAUUUUUGGAUUCAGGGGAUCGCUCUCUUUAGUGUGUUAUACACGUAUGUUCAGUAAUUGUUGUUCCAUUUGGGUCAUGAAAGAAUAUGACGUUGUUAAGACUUGGAGUAAACUGUGCACUGUUGAUCUCUGUGGAGUUAUUAGAAGGGUAUUAGGUCUCCGGAAGAAUGGUCAUGUUAUUGUGGAAGCAGACCUAAAUACUGAUGCGAAACUCUUUUCAUAUGACCCUCAGAGUAGACAAGUUAAGAAUUUGGGCAUUUAUGGGCAGUCAUUCAAUUCUUGUGCUGAUAAUUAUGUGGAGAGCCUUGUCUUACUCAACAAACCAGUCUUAUUUGACAAAGCAAAUGAUGCACUUUCCCUAUGGGUAGGGAGCAGCAAUAGGAAAUUCUGGUCACCACCCCCUAAAUCGGAUCAAAUCGGUGCUGUGGGUCUUCAAGGUGUGGUCAAGAAGGCGCUGCCCUUGGCAGGUGGCAUUGGCAGGGUGGAAUCAGAGGAUGAGAGCGUAAGAGAUACAGAAACAAUCCGCAAGCUCAAAAAGGCAAUGGUAGAUCAACAGGAAGAAAAAGCCACUUUAAAAAUAGAAAUUACCUCUUUAAAAUCGCAAAUGGCCACUUUAAAAUCACAGUCCUUGUUGGUUCAACAAUGGAGUAACCAGGUUGAGAACACUUCUAGCGGUGUUGGAGAUGUUGGCUCUUAACUUGGAUAAAAAUCUUCUUCAACGUGCUAAGAAUUGCCACCUCGUGGUACAACAAACACUCAAUGUGGAGCAAUUUAUAUUUUGUAAUGCAACUUUCAUAUUUGUAUUAUGUGUAGUUUAACAACUUUUAAUCAUGUUAUUGAAAAGUAGGAGGAUAGAAAAGUAAGAGAAAUGAAAGAUUUGUAAUUUCUUUGAUGUGUGUUUGGUUGAAGGAGUAGGAAAGUGGAAUGAUAGAAAAUGAAUAUACAUUUGCUU